AUGGCCUCUGGGCCAAUCGGGCCGGCCCAGCCGCACCUCUCCUCGCCUAUAUGGCCCGUCCCUCGUGACCUAACCCCCGAACGCCCCACUCCCCUCACGAUCCCCACCUCCCCCUCGUCUCCCUCACCCGCCACCACCACACAACACACACACGCACGCACGCACGCAUCAUGCCGUGGAGAGGAGCUCCCCGCGCCCAAUCCCCUCGCGUGCAUCGGUGCCCCGCCUCCCUCCGUCACCGGCGACCGCCAGCAGGCUGCCGCCCCGCGCCGCCGCCGCCAACAGCCCCAUGUUGGCUGUAGCUUCAUCACCGGUGCCGCCCCUGCUGCACGCCCCCUGCCGCCCGGAGCCGCUCCACCGACGCUCGUCGCCGACCACCGCCCCGUCGCCGGAUCUCCUCCCCAUCGCCCGGUCGUCCCCGUCCACCUCCUCGACCCCCGCUGCCCGAACCCCUGCAGCACCCCUGUGAGCCGCCGCCUCCCCUCCUCACUCCCUCUCUCUCCCGUCGUUGAGCCCCCGCUCGCGGCCACGGUCACCGCGUCCACGGCUGCGCUCCGUCCAUGCCCCGCACACCCUGGCCUCCUCCCCGCAUGGCCCGACGAUGCUCGCCGCCGCCUGCGACUGCGCCCGCUUCCACCCGCAGCCACUCCGUGCUCGCGCGCGACGCCGCUGGGCGCCGGAGCUCGUCCCACGCGCGUGCUCCACCGCGCUGCCCGCCUAGCCUCGCCGGGCCGCUGCUUUCGCCACGGCCACGGCCGCCGUGCGCCCCUGGACGUGCGCCCAAUCGGGCCACGCCCGUAA